CUAGACUUUGAUGCAUCAUAUUUCCAUGUACUGCAUUUUGCUCUUGUGUAACAGACUUCUCUGCCUUAGCUGUUCAGGUCUUUUAGACUCAAGACAUUUCUUAAUGAGGGAAACAAUGAAAAAGAUGUGCAGGCCAGCUUCACAUCAAAGGGGCAAAUCCUUUACCAAAUCUGCCCACAAACACGUUUGUUUGAAAAGUCAAAACGUUCAUUUCAUGUAUGCAUCUAAACCACCAUGUGCAUAAUAUCCGGUUUAAAAAGUAAUCCGGUUUCAUUCAGGAAACCAUUUUCUAGAACCACCCUGACUAGUGCAGAUCGAGUACUGGGUGUGUCAAAUGAUCCUCUUAACAAAACCCAUGCAAGAUGCUCAGUGAGGUUUUUAUGUGAUAAUAUGCAUUACAGAACAUGCUUUGGACUGAAAGUGUUUGGAUUUUUAUACAUUUUAAAGAGAAAAAAGUAAAGCACUGCACUGCUAAAAGAGAAUUUUGAUGACGUGUGAUAUUUAGAUGUGAUAUUGUUUGGUUCAUAUGUAGAACUGGGUGAUUAUGAACAAGGCAUUAAAGGGUGUGAGCAUAGCUAGAAAUAACAACAGACUCAAAAAUCAAUACAGCCCGCCUUUCUGUAAGACACUCAACCACUUCAAAACAUCUAGACUUCGCUUCCUCUCUUAGGCAGAGAGAGAGAGAGAGAGAGAGAGAGAGCUAUCACUCUCAUCAACAUUGUGUUCAAGGCAACAAACUUCUAUCAUGAUCCUUAAUGUAUACAACACAAAGGAGCACCAAAAAAACUGGAUGCAUCAUCUAACAGAAACUAGAGAGCAGAAAUUGAUCGUUUACAGCUAUAACUGCAGCUGUGAAACUACAAGGACAUCACUAUGAGCAAACCAGAAGACAGCAGUCCAGCAUCCUUCUUUCUGGAGGUGGAUGACAGGACAGAGGAGGAGAUGGCCAAGGCCAAGCAGGCGAGGAAAGGUCACUCUAAGGACAAGAUGCCCAUGGAUUCUAAUUACCUGGAAGAUGUUGUUGUACCCUCACCCAGAAUUAGAAUAAACCCUGAGAAGCUAACCAGACAAGUGAAAGAGAAGCCAGCAGAGCAGGACAGUGAGAGGUUUACCAUCGAGGAUUUGUUUGAGGCAGCGUCCAGUGGUGACGUGUCUAAACUGCAGGGUUUACAGAAGUACCUGCAAAAAAAAAACAAACAUCUCAGCGAUUCAUUAUAUAUGUCCAAUGGAAAGACAGCCCUGCUAAAAGCUCUUUUAAACUUGAAGAAUGGCGAGAAUGCCACUAUCGAAUAUCUGCUUGACAUUGCAGAGAAAAUGAAUGAUUUAAAGAAAUUCAUAAAUGCUGCAUACACAGACAGUUACUUCAAAGGACAGACAGCUCUCCAUGUUGCUAUUGAAAGGAGGAGUGCAAAGUUUGUAGAGAUGCUGGUUAAGAAAGGAGCAGAUGUCCAUGCAAAAGCCUGUGGGACAUUCUUUCAGCCAAAUAAAGGCAUGUGCUUCUAUUUUGGUGAGUUGCCAUUGUCGCUGGCUGCUUGCACGAAUCAGCUAGAUAUUGUUAACUUCCUGUUGAAUAACACUUAUCAGCAAGUGGAUCUCAGGGAGCGGGACUCUCAUGGAAACAUGGUGCUUCAUGCCCUAGUAAUCGUGGCCGAUAAUAGUCCUGCAAACACAGAGUUUGUCAUUGCCAUGUAUGACCAUAUCUUAACCAAAGCCGCUCAACAAAAUAUAAAGCUGGAGGAAAUCGAGAAUUUUCAGGGACUAACUCCCAUUAAACUGGCAGCCAACACAGGAAAAAUUGAGUUGUUUAGGCACAUUGUUCAGCGGGAGUUUAAAGAGUGCAGACACCUGUCACGGAAGAUCACAGAAUGGGUCUAUGGUCCAGUGUGCUCCUCUCUCUAUGAUCUUUCAUCUCUCGACACCUACGAGAAGAACUCCGUACUGGAGAUAGUCGUCUAUGGCAGUGGUAUUCCUAAUCGUCUUGAUAUGCUCACAAUUGAGCCACUCAAUCAACUACUAGAAGAGAAGUGGGACAGAUUUGCACGAUGGAUUUUCUUGUUUAACUUCAUCGUUUAUCUUGUCUACCUUUUCAUCUUCACUGCAGUUGCUCUUCAGCGCCCAUUAGGAGAGGUUCCACAUACUUAUGGGAAUCAAAGGGAAGACUACCUGCUUCUUACAGGACACAUUAUAACUGCCAUUGGUGCGCUUUACUUCUUUUUGAAAGGGUUAAUAGAUAUGGUCAGGAAGCAUACAAGAUUUCAGGCCCUGUUGAUAGACGGAUACAAUGAUGAGCUUUUUUUUCUGCAGGCCCUGCUCUUCAUGGUGUGUGGUGCACUGUACUUUUUUGGUAAGGAUGAAUACGUGGUUUUUCUAGUUCUGUGCCUUGCUCUGAGCUGGGUAAACCUCCUCUACUUCUCCAGGGGAUCCAAAUUCAUGGGAAUCUACAGUGUCAUGACACAAAAGAUGAUUCUUGGAGAAAUUCGACGAUUCCUUGUUGUGUACCUGGUCUUCCUAAUUGGAUUUUCUACAGCUUUGGUAACGCUUCUCAAUGAGAAACAUUUAGGCACAAAAAGCCGUUCUUUCUUUGAGGUUAUGAAUGGAACUGAGAACUGCAAGAAGCCCACGUAUAAAAGCAUUUCUUUCACCACUCUGGAGUUGUUUAAGUUUACAAUUGGCAUGGGAGAUCUGGAGUUCACAGAUAAUUAUAAUUAUGAGGGGGUGUUUUAUGUGCUGUUGAUCUUGUAUAUUGUACUGACAUACAUUCUGCUGCUGAACAUGCUGAUUGCGCUGAUGAAUAGAAGCGUGGAGGAGAUGUUCAGUGAGAGCACCGGUAUCUGGAAACUACAGCGUGCAAUCACCACCUUGGAUAUGGAGUGGAUGCUUCCUCACUGUCUGAAAAAAAGGCUGCGCUCAGGGGUGAAGAAGAACCUGGGCAGGGGUCAAGAGCCCGAUCAACGGUGGUGCUUCAGAGUGGAAGAAGUCAACUGGAAACAGUGGAAAAGAAACCUCGGUAUAGUGAGCGAGGAUCCUGGGAAUUUACGCACGAGCGUACCUUCGACAACUGAACACCAGAAAGAGCCUGGAUGGGGUGGAAUCGUGCGAACUUUCAGUAAAUGGGGGACACAAAGACGCAGACAGCACAUAAAUGCACACGAGUUAAGUCCACUAGCUGAGGUCUCGAGCUCUGAUGGACUUCUGAUGACAAAUACCACCAGUGGACUGUAAAUCACUGUGUAUGCCCAUAAUGUCUCUGUGCUAUGCCAGGUUUUAAACUGCUUGAAGAUCAAGCUAUUUUAUUCAAUAUACUGGAUCUAUGUGUUAUUUACUUACAAUGACUUGAAGAGGAAAAGACGACUAUUUCCACUACUAAGUUUAUCUGGCUGGAAUAAAAUAAGCAUAUACAUCAAACACCUUCUGUACACAAAAACUGUACAAUGAUGAAUGUUUUUCAUUUACACUAACAUGUGUUUUAUGGUCAAGUGUUUUAUGGUUAAGAACCCAUUACAGAGUUUCCACACUUUUUCAUUGUUUGUGGUUAUUAGUUAAGGACAUUUAUAAACAUUUUAUAAUUUCUAGCUGAUUAAAUAUUUUAGAACUGAUCAUAACUAGAAAAUAAUACAUAUUCUCUAGAAAGAAAAAUCCAGGCCUUGAAAUAUUUUCCAUGAACAUGGGAACCCUGCCAAUAACACAAUGUAUUGUCACAUAUUUACAUAUUCUGUACACAUUUACUUGUAAUUGACACUUAAUUUCCCAAAAAUAAAAAAAAAUGUAAAAU